AUGAAUAAUUCUACAACUGGUCCAGUCGGACCGACACAAUUAUCAACACUGCAAAUUACUUUCAUAACAUUAUAUGCUAUACUUGGAUUUAUUGGGACAGUAGGCAAUACCAUUAUCAUAAUUUCCAUAAUUACGGUUAAGAAAAUGAAAACACCUAUCAAUAUCCUUAUUUUAAAUUUAGCUUUAGCUGGUUUCCUUAUGUCAUUAUUUUAUAUUCCAAUAUCAAUGAUAACUCAGUUUACGACAAAUUAUAUUUGGACGCAUGGUCAAGCUAUGUGCAAAAUUUAUUAUACAGUUACGUUAUGGUCCGUCCAAGUCAUAUCUUAUACUCAGGUCGCAAUUUGUAUUAACCGUUAUCAAGGUAUCCAUCUCGUUAUGAAAAAGAAAUAUCGUAUGAAUAUCAAGACAGUUAUGAUUGUUAAUUUAAUUAUAUGGAUAUUUGCAUUACUAUUUUGUGUCCCAUACUUGAUGUAUUUAAGGGUAGUACCGCAACGUAAUAAUAUUACACAUUGUCUCUUGGUUUUACCGUUAACGUCACUGGAUUUUGCUAUCGAUGGAAAGUUUGUUAGUUUUUUCUAUUUUAUGUAUGCUGCCAGCUACCUGUUAGUUGCUUACUUAAUUCCAUUCGUAAUUAUGGUAAUGUUUUACGGCAUUAUUAUUAAAGGUUUAAGGCAAAGAAGACUCAGUCGAGGUAAUUUUAAUAACGAUAGGAAUGAAUUACAUCGAAGCAUCAGUAUGCAACGAAAAGAGCGAGUUAUCAAAUUAUUUAUAGCUUGCGUUGUUAUUUACUUUAUUGCAAAUCUGCCAUAUGCUAUUUCGUUGUUGCUAUUUAUUAUUCAUAAGAUAUCAUGGCAAAUUUUUAUUAGUAUUCGCUAUUAUUUGACCAUACUGCAAGUUUUUGGUGUUGUAUCCAAUGCUUUACUCUAUGGCUAUUUUAACACUGGUAUACGUAAUUAUUCAGCUUCCAUAGCAUCUAAAUCAAUUCGUCGUUCUGCAUUAAUUACUCAAACACCGAAUACUUCAUUCAAGACGACAUCAUUAAAAACCAAUUUUGCAAAACCUUUAAAUGAUUUUAAAAUGGUUAAAUCUCUCUCAUCCCCAGCUUUGGUUCGUAUUCAACGAUGUAAUUCAGGAAAACAAUUAAAGACAGCUUCUAACGUUGUAACGGUUGUUUAA